CGGCCCGAGCGCGCCCACCUGAGCCCCCGCACCGGCGCCAUGGCGGAGCAGGAGAGCCUGGAAUUCGGCAAGGCAGACUUCGUGCUGAUGGACACCGUCUCCAUGCCCGAGUUCAUGGCCAACCUCAGGCUCAGAUUUGAAAAAGGGCGCAUCUAUACGUUCAUUGGAGAAGUCGUCGUUUCUGUGAACCCUUACAAGUUGUUGAACAUCUAUGGAAGAGACACAAUUGAGCAGUAUAAAGGCCGUGAGCUGUAUGAGAGACCGCCUCACCUUUUUGCUAUUGCGGAUGCUGCUUACAAGGCUAUGAAGAGGCGAUCAAAAGACACUUGUAUUGUGAUAUCAGGGGAAAGUGGAGCUGGUAAAACGGAAGCCAGUAAGUACAUUAUGCAGUAUAUUGCGGCCAUCACCAACCCCAGUCAGAGAGCAGAGGUUGAAAGAGUGAAGAAUAUGUUGCUUAAGUCCAACUGUGUUUUGGAAGCUUUUGGAAAUGCCAAAACCAACCGUAAUGACAACUCAAGCAGGUUUGGAAAAUACAUGGAUAUCAACUUUGACUUCAAGGGUGACCCUAUUGGUGGGCAUAUCAAUAACUACUUACUAGAAAAGUCUCGAGUGAUUGUGCAACAGCCAGGAGAAAGAAGCUUUCAUUCUUUCUAUCAGCUACUCCAAGGAGGUUCAGAACAAAUGCUACGCUCUCUACAUCUCCAGAAAUCCCUUUCAUCCUACAACUAUAUUCAUGUGGGAGCUCAAUUAAAGUCUUCUAUCAAUGAUGCUGCCGAAUUCAAAGUUGUUGCUGAUGCCAUGAAAGUCAUUGGCUUCAAACCUGAGGAGAUCCAAACAGUGUAUAAGAUUUUGGCUGCUAUUCUGCACUUGGGAAAUUUAAAAUUUGUAGUAGAUGGUGACACGCCUCUUAUUGAGAACGGCAAAGUAGUAUCUAUCAUAGCAGAAUUGCUCUCUACUAAGACAGAUAUGGUUGAGAAAGCCCUUCUUUACCGGACCGUGGCCACAGGCCGUGACAUCAUUGACAAGCAGCACACAGAACAGGAGGCCAGCUACGGCAGAGACGCCUUUGCCAAGGCAAUAUAUGAGCGCCUUUUUUGUUGGAUCGUUACUCGCAUCAAUGAUAUUAUUGAGGUCAAGAACUAUGACACCACAAUCCAUGGGAAAAACACUGUUAUUGGUGUCUUGGAUAUCUAUGGCUUUGAAAUCUUUGACAACAACAGUUUUGAACAAUUCUGCAUCAAUUACUGCAAUGAGAAACUGCAGCAGCUAUUUAUUCAGCUGGUUCUGAAGCAAGAACAAGAAGAAUACCAGCGGGAAGGGAUCCCCUGGAAACACAUUGACUACUUCAACAAUCAGAUCAUUGUUGACCUGGUGGAGCAACAGCACAAAGGGAUCAUUGCAAUCCUUGAUGAUGCUUGCAUGAAUGUCGGCAAAGUCACCGAUGAAAUGUUUCUUGAAGCACUUAACAGUAAAUUGGGCAAACAUGGCCAUUUUUCCAGCCGAAAGCUCUGUGCCUCAGACAAAAUUCUGGAGUUUGAUCGAGAUUUUCGAAUUCGACAUUAUGCAGGCGAUGUAGUCUAUUCUGUCAUUGGUUUUAUUGACAAAAAUAAAGAUACUUUAUUUCAAGAUUUCAAGCGCCUUAUGUAUAACAGUUCAAAUCCUGUGCUCAAGAAUAUGUGGCCUGAAGGCAAACUGAGCAUUACAGAGGUGACCAAGCGACCUCUGACUGCUGCUACCUUGUUUAAGAAUUCUAUGAUUGCUCUAGUAGACAACCUUGCAUCAAAGGAACCAUAUUACGUUCGUUGCAUCAAACCCAAUGACAAGAAAUCUCCACAGAUAUUUGAUGAUGAACGCUGCCGGCACCAAGUAGAAUAUCUUGGACUACUGGAAAAUGUGAGAGUGCGUCGGGCAGGAUUUGCCUUCCGCCAGACAUACGAGAAGUUUCUUCACAGGUAUAAGAUGAUCUCUGAAUUCACCUGGCCCAACCAUGACCUUCCUUCAGACAAAGAGGCUGUCAAGAAACUGAUUGAACGGUGUGGUUUUCAGGAUGAUGUAGCUUAUGGGAAGACCAAAAUUUUCAUUCGAACACCCCGAACAUUGUUUACCUUGGAAGAACUCCGUGCCCAGAUGCUCAUAAGGAUUGUCCUCUUUCUACAAAAGGUGUGGCGGGGCACCCUGGCCCGCAUGCGGUACAAAAGAACCAAGGCAGCUCUGACCAUAAUCAGGUACUACCGGCGCUACAAAGUGAAGUCGUACAUCCACGAGGUGGCCAGACGCUUCCAUGGCGUCAAGACCAUGCGAGACUAUGGGAAGCACGUGAAGUGGCCAAGCCCUCCUAAAGUUCUUCGCCGUUUUGAGGAGGCCCUGCAGACGAUUUUCAAUAGAUGGAGAGCAUCCCAGCUCAUCAAGAGCAUUCCGGCCUCAGACCUGCCCCAGGUCAGGGCAAAGGUUGCAGCCAUGGAAAUGUUGAAGGGUCAAAGGGCUGACCUCGGGCUCCAGAGGGCCUGGGAGGGCAACUAUCUUGCUUCAAAGCCAGAUACACCUCAGACCUCAGGCACUUUUGUCCCUGUUGCUAAUGAAUUGAAACGGAAGGACAAAUACAUGAAUGUCCUCUUUUCCUGUCAUGUCCGUAAGGUAAAUCGAUUUAGUAAGGUGGAAGACAGAGCAAUUUUUGUCACUGACCGUCACCUAUAUAAAAUGGAUCCCACUAAACAGUACAAGGUGAUGAAGACUAUCCCUCUAUACAACUUGACUGGUCUGAGUGUCUCCAAUGGAAAGGACCAACUUGUAGUGUUCCAUACGAAAGACAACAAAGACCUCAUUGUCUGCCUCUUCAGCAAACAGCCAACCCAUGAGAGUCGAAUUGGAGAACUUGUUGGAGUGCUGGUGAAUCAUUUCAAGAGAAACCAUCUGCUUAUACUCUGAAUAAAAUUCAAGAAAGCAUAGAUUCUACAUAAACAGGCCCAAGAUUACAUGGCAAACUGAGAUGAAGAGGAUGCUGGCUGAGAAACAAACAAAAGUGUUCAAUUACUUGAAUGAAGUAAGGAAAGAUAUUUUAAAAUGUAAAUCAACAUUGAAAUCUGAAAAUGGCACAGUUGAUAUUGCAGAAAAUAGAACUGAUGUGAAAGGAAAGUCUGAAGUCUCUCAGUGUGCAGAAUUUACUGUUAUAAUGGGCAACAUGUUAUCUUUCUUAGCAAUAUACAAAAUAAGGGUACAUCUUACAGAGAAGGCAUCUUAUAUUCAAUAAAAUAUGGUAAUUUAAAACAUACAAAAAGAAAAUAUGUCUGUACUGAAUGCACUUUUUCUGAAGCUCCAGAGAGCCUACUUUGUUAUCAUGAUGACCUUUUUUAAUUUCAAGGGUUAACUAAAUAUAUGUAAUUCUCCAGCUUAAAAGCUGAGAAAUGAUUUUGGCUACAAACAAGUGGGCUAUAAGAAGGAGCUCCGAAAAGUCCAUAUGCCCCUUUAUGUAAGAACACCAGGACUGAAUAGAUGUUUCCUUUUAAUAUAUAUAACUGGUUUUGUUUUGUUUUUUUUUUUUGAGAUGGAGUCUCGCACUGUCACCCAGGCUGGAGUGCAAUGGCACCAUCUCGGCUCACUGCAACCUCUGCCUGCCAGGUUCACGCAAUUUUCCUGCCUCAGCCUCCCUGGUAGCUGGGAUUACAGGCAUGCUCCACCACGCACAGCUAAUUUUUUGUGCUUUUAUUAGAGACGGGGGUUUCACUAUGUUGGCCAGACUGGUCUCGAACUCCUGACCUCGUGAUCCGCCCACCUCAACUUCCCAAAGUGCUGGGAUUACAGGCAUGAGCCCCAACGCCCAGCCAAUAUAUAUAACUCUUCUUUAUAUAUAACUGUAUAUAGUUAAUCCUUGAAAUUAUAAAGUAUGUAUUAAACACACAGACCUGGGAGUGGAAUGAGAUUCUCUUACAAAGGAACAAAAAUUAGGAUUCCCUCCAUCUUCUGUACUGCAGCAGUAAAUGCCAGAAUCCUGUGGAGCAACAUCUUUGGUCUUCUAAGGAGAAAAGGUUAGAGAGCAACAAUUGUAUGCCCAGCCAAGUUGUCAUUUGUGUUUAGCCUCAGAAAGCAUGCUACUGGGGCUCUCUGGAGGAGGAAGAGCUGUGAUCCAGGAGUCAAAUGCUGUCACAAUCUCCAUCUCUCAUCUUCACAUCUCUUGUCUUGCCAGCUUCACUCUCCUGUAGUACUGGCUUCCACAUGGCUGGAAAUGUCUCCAAGUAACUCUGUAUCUCCUUUUCCAGCCUUGCCACCAGUGGGAAUUUAAGAGAAUGUUCUCUGGGCUAUUGUCCUAAAACCCCAGGGAAAUGUUCCCACUGACUCAAUAACUGUGGCCAGAGUAAUGAUUGUCAUGGCAUGGGUGAGACGCCUACCCCAGUGACAGUUACUUUGGCCAGAGAAGUGGUGUCUUCCAAGAACAUGGAAGUCUCCAGUAAAACCUGAGGAAGAGCAUGUUUUGGAAGAAAGUGAAGCAGAGUGGGGUGGGAGUGCCUGGGGACGAAGUGUACGGGGCCAGCAUUUCCCGAAAGAAGCGGAAGUGAUACGGUACUGGGCAAGAAAAACAAAUGGUAUCACAUUGUUUUUAAUUGCGAAAAAUUAGAAGCCAUAUAAAAGUUCAUCAAAACAAACAUGAUUAAAUACGUGAUGGUAUUUCCAUACAAUUAAGAAGCAUGCAGCCAUGAAAAAGACUAUGACAGUCCUUCUUUAUCGGGGUCCUUAAAGUGUGGGCUCUAUCUGCAUUAGAAUCACCUGAAGGUGUUUUUUCAAAAGGCAGCUCCCCGGGCCCAUCCCAGACCCUCUAAAUCAGACCCUCCAGGAGCCUACAUUCUUAGUAAGCUACCCAGGUGAUCCCUAUGCUCAAGCUUGAUGGCCACUGGUUUCAUGAACUGACAUAGAAAAUGACCAGAAUGAGCACAUCAUGUUUUCAUAUGGCCAAUUUGCUGAUGCCAUUGCGAUGAAAGUAGGUUUUUUUUUAAAUGAAAUCACCAAAGGUUCAUGUUUUUGAAAUUGCUGACAAGUGCAAAAGAAACAUCCCUUACUGCCCCAGUGAAGAAAGGUAGGGUGGAAAGAGGGCUGAGGCUCAGAGAAAAGGGGUAAAGAAGGAAUGGAGAGUAGAAACGAGUGGAGGAUUACAGAGAAAUCACACAGAACCAGGAUCCUGUUUACCACAUCCACUUGUCCUGGAAAGAGCCGCCUGUCAUUCUAAGCAAUGGUUUUUAAUUACCCUAAGAAGUUCGCAGUGAGGGCCCACCUGCCCAAUUCCAGACAGGAAACCCCACCUGCAAAGAGCAGGCUUCCACAUAAUGAACUUAACCUAUUUAUAUACACUCAGCCCCACCUGCUAUACACAAAAGAGUACAGAGAGAAAUCUUAAAAGGUUUUCAGUGUGACUAAGCUGGGGCAAAAAUCAAACAGUGUUAAAGUGUAACAGCUGUUGUGUACUGUGAGCAAUCUACUGACUUUCCAUCUCUCCCUGUGCACGGUGCCCAUCUGCACUGAGAAGCAGCUGCCCUUGGGCAGAGCUCACCAAGAGGAUGUGCAGGGUCACAGUCAUCCUCAGCUUUACCUGCUUUGAUGUCGGGAGAUUUUCUGGGGAUUUUUGUGCAAAUCAAAGAUUCUUAUUUGCUUUGUGACGUGUUCAUCAUUGCCUUUUAUGUUGAAAGAGUGAAUCCAAAAAUACUGGAAAACUGAUCUUUUCAUCAUUUCCGCAGGUAGCUACUGUACCUUUAGAGUAAUCAUAUUACUUUUUAAAGGCCAUAGCGCUAAACUUUACAAUAUAUGUUAAAACAGAGAUCUUCCUGUGAGGUAUUCAUGAAUUCACCAAAUGAUUAGUGAAUAAUACCAUGCUAUCUGUUGGAAUUUUUUUCUAAAUUGAAUGUCAGAUAUAACUCUUUAACUUAAUGCAAUUUUUAAAAAGCUCUCUUAAUGUGUUUAUUUCAGGUCUUAGCAGCUAUAUUGGAAUCAGGAGUUUAUAUAAGCAUAAUAUACUCGGUGAAGUGUUUUAUCUGCCACAAACACUGUUCUGUUUUUAUACCAUCAUUCAGCAUGCAUUCACUAAGCACCCAUCACAGGUCAGGCUACGGGUGGUAGGAGGGAUACCAAGAAGAACCCUGCGGUCCUUUCCAGUCCUUUCCCUUCAAACAGCUCUUAAUCCCAUGAAAAGCAUGUACGUUAUACUGCCUGGUACGUACUGUAAUAAAACCAUGGACAAAGGCCAUGGAAACACAGGGGAUAAACCAGCCCCCUUUGCCUACCAGAGUCAGGAGAUCCCUGGCAGAGCAAAUGAUCACCCAGUUGGGUCUUCAAGUCUGGUUGGAGGUUAUGGGUUGGGGGAUGAGGUGAGAUGCUCCCCAUAGAAGGGAGAAGAAUAUGCAAAAACUUGGUGGAGCUGGUACAUUUGGAGAAUUGAGUGAUUGCAGGGGACCAAAGGGGCUGUAGCAAGAAAUAAGACUGGAAAAAUAAGUAGAAGCUUAUAAAAGCCUAUGCCAAUAAAUUUGAACUUUAUCAUAUAAGUAAUGGGGAGAAGUAAGUAUAAAAAUAUAAAACUGCCCAACAAGACAAAAGCCUGAUGACACAGAUAUCACCUAGCCCGGACAUGCUCAAGAAUGCAAAAUAAUUGUUCACUUAAGGGAAGUGGGAACUUGAGGAACACUAGUUGAUAUGUAAUACAUCUGUGGGCCCCACAUGCCAAAAAGAGUUAAUGGAACAGAGAAAGAGCUAGCAAGAUAGAAGUACAAAGGCAGGUGUUAAACCUCAGUAAUAAAACCAGAAAUCAAAAAUCCUCAUGGAGUAAAAACUAUAACAAAAUUCUGUAGCUUUUGUAGCUUCCCUGAAAUUGUUAUUUUGCCACCCCUUUAGUAAUUAGCAAUAAAAGUCCCUAGAAUGAGAAGGACCUAGAUUUUUACCUUCAGGGACAGCAAGGAAGCAAGAAGUUAAGGAAGCUUCCUCCUGUUCUACAGCCGUUUGUAGGGAGAGAAGAUUCUCAAGGGACAGUGUGAAUGUUGGAAAUGUUAAAUUGGGGAGGAGGCGGAGCUUGGGUGUGGAGGCAUUUAUUAUUUGGUCUGUCCAGUAACCCUUUCUUCUGGGACCUUCCUCUCCCCUGUCACACUUCUGCAUGGUCCGACGAGAGGCACCACAUCCUUACAUCGCCCUACUCCCUGGAAAGAGCUGAGUAUAGGGCACAGGUAGUAUCUGACCCAACCUGGACCACUUUCCCCAUCCCUCAAGAUUUUUGGGCUUUGGAUCAGAGAAGACUUAUAAUUCAUUGCCUCUCCUAUGCAUGAAGGCAAAACACUUGGGAGCUGUGGCUCAACACGUUUCCAAAGGUGAGAAGUUGGGUUCAGUAAGAGAGAACAGCAUAGAGCAUAGCGAACCCACGGGGAGCAGCAGGACUCAAGGUGAAGCAGGACCCGAAACAUCCAAGCCCCAGGUCUGCCUCCCCAUGAGGCCGGCCACCUUGUGGCCAUCAGACUGUAUGCCCUUUGUUGAUUUUGUGUGAUCUAAAGCAGGCCAAUUUGUCAAAAACCAGUUCACAAAUAUGCACAUGGUUGACACUAUUGUACUGUACACUUGGAAAUUGUUGGGAGGGUGAAUUUUAUUCUCUUGCAGGGGCAGUAGGGUGCCACAAGUUUUGUUUUUGUUUUUGUUUUUAUUGGUUUUAUUUUGUUUGUUUGUUUGUUUUUUGAGACAAAGUUUUGCUCUGUCACCCAGACUGGAGUGCAGUGGUGCAAUCUCGGCUCACUGCACCCUCCACCUCCUGAGUUCAAGCGAUUCUCCUGCCUCAGCCUCCCAAGUAGCUGAGACUACAGGUGUCCACCACCACACCCAGGCUAAUUUUUAGUAGAGAUGGGGUUUCACCAUGUUGGCCAGGCUUGUCUUUCCUGGCCUCAAGAGAUCCACCUGCCUCGGCCUCACAAAGUUCUGAGAUUACAGGCUGAGCCACCAUGCCCAGCCUUUGCCACAGUUUUUUAAAUGGAUUUUAAAAAUUAGUUCACCAGAAGUCAGUUUGCCCAAUACCAGUUCAUGGAACUUAUAAAAAUUUGUGAAGUUACCAAAAACUAGUCUUGAAAAAAAUCCUUGAAUAUGUCCCUUCUAACAGCUUUUUAAUACAUGUUCAGGGUGAAAAAAACUAAGGCUCUUGGGUUGGUUUAGUCUUUUUAUUUAGUGGAGCAGAAAAAAUGGACUUCACUCAAAUGUACAGCUAUGCUGUUUGGAGUUUAUUUUGAACGAUCAGAGAAGGACAUCCCUCUGUCAGAUGCUUCCAGAGAACUAGCAAGCAUGUGUGUCUUUUAUCAGGCAUCGUGCCCUUAAAGGGGCUCCUCCCAGAUAGCAGUGCCAGAUACUAGGGUUUGACUGUCAGAAACAAGCAACCUACAUUUCAGGUCAUGCAGAUCCACAUUUUUCCUAGAAGGUAGCUCUACACACUGUCCAACCAGCAACUGUCAAAAUCCACAGAUUUUAGCAUUUCCUAUGGGGACUUUAGCUUAUCCUAAAUUCUGAAAUCCUCUUUGUUAUUUUCCAUUUGGUAUUUAGCUUUCUUCUAUCAAAUUUGCCAGAUGACUAAUUCAUCUAAUUUGCGAAAUUUAUAGAUUUACCAAAAAUGUGUUUCUUUUGACUCUUUAUAAAGUAUACAAUUCAGCUAGGUGAGAUGACCAUUAAUAGCUUUUGAGGAUUUCUACAAAGUUCUAAUUGAUUGAUUUUCAUUUUGUUUUCAUAACAACAGUUUAAGGAAUGGUCUGUUUGUUUCUGGCCGUGCUGCUGCAGCUGGAAGUAGCUGGAACAGAGGAGAGAAGGGAAGAAAGGAGAGUCUGUGCCCAGUGCAUCUGGGCCGCCAAUCCCGCAGGGAAGGGAGGCUGAAGAGCAGAGGGAGGGGAAGACUAGGGGGCCAAGAAGGGGUAGGCUGAAGGAUGGGAGAGAGGCUGAAGGCCCAAGAACCCCAGGUAUUUACAGCCCCCAUUGACCCUGCUAGUUCGUCCAACAAAAAUUGGAUAAACAAAACUCAGCCUUGUUAAAUAUGCAAAUUUGGUAAAUUUGGCAAACUAGUCAUUCAGCAGAUGACUUUUGGUGAAUUCACCAUUUGGCAAGUGACUUUUUUUUUUUUUUUUUUUUUUGAAACGAAGUUUCACUCUCGUCACCCAGGCUGGAGUGCAGUGGCACGAUCUUGGCUCACUGCAACCCCCACCUGGGUUCAAGCAACUCUUCUGCCUCAGCCUCCAGAGUAGCUGGGAUUACAGGUGCCCACCACCACAUCUGGCUAAUUUUUGUAUUUUUAGUAGAGACAGGGUUUCACCAUGUUGGCCAAGCUGGUCUCAAACCCCUGACCUCAAGUGUUCCGCUCACCUCAGCUUCCCAAAGUGCUGGGAUUACAGGCGUGAGCCACGGCCCCUGGCCUGGCAAGUUAUUUUUUACUCAGUGAAUUAUCCUAGUUCUUAACAACUUUUCCUUUUUGCUUAAGUCACUAUGAAUUGAGUUUAUGUAACUUGCAUCCAACAGAGUCCUAACCUAAUGAGUCUUGGAAAAACUAGUAACAAAAAUGAGAGUGGAGCACUGCUUGUUGUUACAAGGGUAGGAAAGACAUCACCAUUUAGAGAGAAUGGUAUCAUGUUAAAGAAACUUGUUUUCAUCAUACCCAUCAACAAAUAAGUUUUUGAAACGAAGAACAAGCAUCAAGAGGGAAUUUAAAGCCCAACUAGGAAAAGAGGACUGCUGGAUGCUUUAUUAAUUCACACCCCAGGCCAGAUGACUCACGUCCUGAGACACUGGAAAGCAUCUUGAGAUGAACCCCCAUUCACUCUCAGAAAUCUUUGAGCAGUCAUGGAGAGUUGAAAAGGGCCAAGAGACUGAAGGGAGGUAAAGGUUUUCCUUGUUGUGCAAAUGUGAACACAGAUGCAAAAAUUAUAUAUAAUUAUUGUUGAACCUGACAUAAAUUUUCAGCAGAAUUCUAAAAUUUUCAUUGUUUAUACGUACUUAGAGAAAAAAAGCAACCAAAGAAAGCAUAAGUUCAGUGAGAAGAAAUUGGGUAAAACUAACACAAUUUUUCUUAAACAAUGACUUGAAUGAAGACAUACUUACAAAUUUGCAAAUAAGAAAAACCCAGGAAGGAUAACUUAUAUUUUGAUGGCAAGUUAGGAUUCAAAGUAUCUUGACAAACUAGAAUAAUGAGAAGAAACCACACAACUAUAUAAAUGUAAAAUUCUGCCUUUGGGUUCAGAAUGUCAUUUGCACACACAGGGAAUAGGAAAGCCUCUGGGCCCAUUCUGUCCCCAGGAUGCUAGAAUCUGUGAUUCUUUCAGUCAUAGGCAACACUAGAGUGGAGAUGUGAAACUUACCACCAGAGAAGAAAGGAAGAGAUCAUUCUAUCAGAUUAAUUUUUACCCCUGAAUUUUAAGAGGAUGAGGGACAUAGUAUUUUCUAGAGCUUAGAACAUGGACAAAGGCUCAAAAAACAAAUUCUUAUGAUUUUCUCAGGUGUUUCUUCAUGGCAUGCAUUCCUUACCAGACCCUCUGCAAAUCCCAGACUUCUCUGUUUAAUGGGGAAAGGUUUGUUCUAUUGAAUUCAAAGACCAUCCUCUAACCUGUCUUAAAAAGGUAAUAGCAAUUGCUUCCUUUAGCUUCUCUUUGAUGCGUAGAGAAAUUAUUCCAAGCCUCCUUUUCUUCAAUAUUUGAAACCAAAAGAAGUAGCCGACAUGAUAUUUAUGGUCAAAAAAAAUGUUUUGUGCACUUAAUGUUUUUUAUUUUUGGUCUUUAGCUGUCUCAAAAAAAUAUGGAAUGUUGAAUUUCCUAUAAUUGUUAUGUAUUAAUUGUAUAACCAGAAAAAAUUAUUUAAACAUUAAUGUGAGACUAUUUUAUUUUAGACUGCCCUUCCUUUUUUUUUUUUUUUUUUUUUUUUAUUUUGAGACGGAUUCUUGCUCUGUUGCCCAGACUGGAGUGCAGUGGCGCGAUCUCAGCUCACUGCAACCUCCGCCUCCCACAUUCAAAAGCUUCCCUUGCCUCAGCCUCCUGAGUAGGUGGGAUUGCAGGUGCCCACUACCACACCUGGCUAAUUUUUGUAUUUUUAGUAGAGACAAGGUUUCACCAUGUUGGCCAGACUGGUCUCGAACUCCUAACCUCAGGUGAUCCUCCAACCUCGGCCUCUCAAAGUGCUCGGAUUACAGGCGUGAGCCACCGUGCCUGGCCAGACUGCCCUUUCUUACAGAAACAAAGCAACUAGUAGCCAGUAAAUUCACAUAAAAUUUUCAUAGUGGAAAAAAUCAGCUCAAUCCAUGCAACAAUCACUGGUAAGACAGAAUCAUUACUAAAUGAAGCAAAGAGUUAUAUCUGGUCUUAAGAAGAAAGAUACCAGGCCUAGAAUAUCAUUUACAAAAUGAAAAGAAUCUGAGGGUAUAAGAAGAAAAGAAAUUUAGAUAUAAAAUAGAAAAGGAAAGCAACCUUACAAAACCAGAUGAUUCGGAGAACUCCUUGUCAGAAAAAAGAAAAAAAAAUGAGAGAACAAUUUGUUAAAGAAUAUUAUAUUUUUUGCUAACCAAGGCAAAUGAAAACAACCCAAGCCUAGCCUAGCUAAAUUAUGCCAUCAAAAUUAGUAACUUUCCACAUCUGAGGCUUCUUUGAUGCAUGGAAAUUCUUGGCCUUCUGUGCUUGGCAUAUGCUUUGAAUUAACAACCUAUUAGGAAUGAGUAUUUGACAGGGAACAGACAAUGUGGCUUCUAGUCCUAACUCUGCCACCAGCUAGCUAUAGGCCUUUGAGCAAAUCAACGAUUUUUUGUCCCAUAGUUUAUCAAAAGACAGCUCCAAAUUUGUUCAUUCCUUUAAAGUAUAUAUUUCUUUUUACAAGAUGAAAAAGUUCUGGGCCAGGUGCUAUGGCUGAUGCCUAUAAUUCCAGCACUUUGGUAGGCUGAGGCAGGAGGAUCAGGAGUUUGAGACCAGGCUGAGCAACAUGGCAAGACUCGUCUCUUCAAAAAAAAUUAAAAAUUAGCAGGGCAUGGUGGCAUGCACCUGUAGUACCAGCUACUCCAACUCCAAAGGCUGAGGCAGGCAGGAGGAUCACUUGAGGCCAGGAGGUCAAGGCUGCAGUGAGCUAUUCCAGCCUGGAUGACAGUGUGAGACCCUGGCUCGAAAAAAAAAAAGUUCUGAAGAUCUAUUUCACAACAGUGGCAGUGGAAAUAUUACUACUGAACUGUAUACUUGAAAAUAUACAGAUGGUAAAAGAAUAACAUAAAAGUCAGUGUUGGCUGGCCAGCAUCAUAGAAACCAGAAAAAUCUAUUUCUUGAGGCUCAGUCACAUAUCAGACAUUUUAGACACAAGGAUGCAAAGACCAGCUCCUGCCAUUGGUUAUUGUCUUAUCAAGGCAAACAAAUGUAUCAUGUAUAAUAAGUUUGUAGAAGUAUAAAAGAAAGUGGUUUAAAGCACAGAGGUAAAAGUACAUCUUUAGAUAGAAGUGAGAUUUGGGGAAAAUAUCAUUAAAAAUAGGUAGUAUUUGUUCUGGAUACGAGAACGAAGAUGGUCCCUAAAAAGUAGGACACAGCUGGACAUGGUGGCUCAUGCCUGUAAUCCCAGCACUUUGGGUGGCUGAGGCCGGAGGAUCACUUGAGCGCAGGAGUUCGAGGGCAGCCCAGAACUGACACAGAUGUUAGAAAUCACCAGUAACGACAUUAAAAUAAUUACUAUAACUGUGUUUUAACAGAAAUUAAAGGUGUGCAAGAUAUCAAAAAAGACCCAAAUAAGCAGGGCACGUGGCACAUGCCUGUAAUCCAAACACUUUGAGAGGCUGGGGCGGGCAGAUCACUUGAGCCCAGGAGGUUGAGGCUGCAGUGAGCCCUGAUUGUGCCACUGCAAUCCAGCCUGGGUGACAGAUCAAGACCUUGCCUCAAAAAAAAAAAAAACAAAGAACAAACAAAGAAAAAGACUAAAAUCAAACUUCUAGAAAUGAAAACUAUGAUUUCUGAUAUUAAACUACAGUGGCUGGGAGUAACAGCGCAUUAGAUGUUACAGAACUAAAAAUUGGUGAAUUUAAAGACAUAGCAAUAGAAACUAUCCAAAAUGAAGCACAAAGAAAAGAUAAAUUUUCAAAAAAUGAAUAAAUCAUCAGGGAACUGUGGGACAGUUUCAAGUGGCCUAUAUAUAAAGGAGUAGUAAGCGAAGUCCCCGAAGGAAGGAAGAGGACAGAAAAAAUACUCGAAGAAAUAAUGGCUGAAAUUUUUCCAAAUUUGAUGAAAACUAUAUAAACCCUUAGAUCCAAGAAGUUCAAUGAACCCUAGGCACAAAAAAAAAUCAUGAAGAAAACUACACUAAGGCAUAUCACAUUCAAAUUGCUCAAAGCCAGUGAUAAACAUUGCUAGAGGAGAAAGGCACAUUAUAUACAGAGGAAUAAGGAUAAGAUGACAGAAGAUUUCUCAUUGGAAACAAUGCAAGCAAGAGAGCAAUAGAGAAACAUCUUUAAAGUACUGAAGGAAAACCCCCUCUACCUACAAUUUCAUACCAAGCAAAAAUAGCUUUCCAAAACAAAGGUGAAUUAAAAGACUUUUCAGACACAAGAAAGAUAAAACAGUUUAUUCCCAUAAGACUCACAGUAUAAGAGAUGUUAAAGUCCUUCAGAAAGAAUAAAAAUAUACCACGUGGAAAUAUAGAUCUCCAAAAAUGACAGAAGAGCACUAGAAAUAUUAGCUACACAAGGAAAUUUGUAAGAUUUUUUCCUUGUUGUUUAAAUCUUUUUAAAAAACAAUUAUCUGUUUUAAAAAUAAUAGUAAAAGCAAUGUGGGUCAAUUCAUGAAGAGAACAUAGCAAACCUAAAUAUAUAUGGCCUUAAAAGAAUUUCAAAAUGUAUAAAGCAAAAACGAACAACAUGGGAAAAUGGACAAUUGUUCUAUCUCCAUAAUUGAUAGAACAAGUCAAUAGAAAAUCAGUAAGCAUAUAGAAAAUGUGAACACUAUCAACUGAGUUGAACUGAGUUGAACUAGUUACCAUUUAUAAAACAUUCUGCCCAACAGCAUCAGAAUACACAUUCUUUUCAAGUGCAUAUUUGCCAGAAUAGACCAUAUUCUGGGUCAUGUCACAGUUACAGUAAAUAUUAUGUAAAAGCAUUCAAAAUCUCUGCCAUAAUGAAACAUAAUUAGAAAUCAACAGCAAAAAGAUCCCUGGAAAAAUUCCUAAAUAAUUGGGAGCCAAAUAACACACUCCAAAGUAACUUAUAGGUCAAAGGGGAAAUUAAGAGACAUUAGUAUUUUGAACUUCAUGAAUAUGAAAACAACAUUUCAAAAUUCAUGUAAUGCUGCUGAAGCAAUACUUACAUGGAAAUAUACAGGACAACAAAAUGCUUUUCUUUUAAAAUGCAUAGAUUUUAAAAGUCUCAAAUCAAUGCCCUCAGCUUUUAUGUCAAGAAACUAGAAAAAGCUAGGCAUAGUGGCUCAUGCCUGUAAUCCCAGCAAUCUGGGAGGCCGAGGCAGGUGGAUUGCUUGAGUCCAGGAGUUCAAGACCAGCCUGGGCAACGUGGUGAAACCCUAUCUCUACUAAAAAAUUACAAAAAAAUCAGCCAGCCAUGGUGCCUCACGUCUGUAAUCCCAGCACUUUGGGAGGAGGCCAAGGCAGGCGGAUCACCUGUCCAAGACAGGUCAGGAGUUCAAGACCAGCCUGGCCAACAUGGUGAAACCCCAUCUCUACUAAAAAUACAAAAAUUAGCCAGGUGUGGUGGUGCACACCUGUAGUCCCAGCUACUCAGGAGGCUGAGGCAAGAGAAUCGCUUGAACCUCGGAGCAGAGGUUGCGGUGAGCCGAGAUCGCUCUACUACACUCCAGCCUGGGUGACAGAGCAAGAUUCCAUCUCAAAACACACACACACACACACACACACACACACACACAAAUUAGCCAGGUAUGAUGGUGUGCACCUGUAUUCUCAGCUAGUUAGGAGGCUGAGGUGGGAGACAUACCUGAGCCCAGGAAGUUGAGGCUGCAGUGAGCCAAGAUGGAGCCACUGCACUCUAGCCAGGGUAGCCAAAGUGAGGCCCUGUCAGGGAAAAAAAAAAAAAGAGAGAGAGAGAGGGGGAUGGAGGGGGAGAGAAAGAGAGAGAGAGAUAGAGGAAGGAAGGAAGAGAGAGAGAAAAGGAAAAGGAAAAGGGAAGGAAGGGAGGAAGGAAGGAAGGAACUAGAAAAAUAAGAGCAAAUUAAACCAAAGAAAGCAGAAUAAAGGUCAGAACAGAAACCAAUGAACUGGAAAUCAGAAAAACAAGAGCAAACAUCAAUAGUACCAAAAUAAAAUUGAUACACAUCUAGUAGGACUGAUGAGGAAAAGCAGAAGACACAAAUUCCCAAUAUCAACAUGAAAAAUGUGACAUCAAUACAAAUUCUAUUGAUAUUAACUGCGUAACAAAAGAAUGUUAUACAACUUUAUGCCAGUAAAUUUGACGGCUUAGAUUAAAUAGACUCCUUGAAAGACACAAACUACCAAAACUCACACAAGAAGAAAUAGAUCAUCUGAAUAGCUCUAUGUAUAUUAAAGAAAUUUAAUUCAUAGUUAAAACCUUUCCACAAGGGAAACUCCAGAUCUAGAUGCCUUUACUGGGGAGUUCUACUAUAGAUUUAAGAAAUAACACCAGUUCUACACAAACUCUUCCCGAAAAUUGAAAAGGAGAUAAUGCUUUCCAGCUCAUUCUGAGGCCAGCCUUCCCCUCAUACCAAACCAGACAAAGAUAAUACAAGAAAAGAAAACUACAGACCAAUGUCCAUUAAGAGCAUAGAUGCAGGAAUUAUAAGCAAUAUUUAGUGCAUCCAAUUUAGCAUUUUAUAAAAUAACUAAUCAAAUCCAACAAUAUAUAAAAAGGAUAAUACAUUGUGACCAAGUGGGAUUUAUCCCAGGCAUGCAAGGUUGGUUUAACAUCCAAUAAUCAAUAUAUGAAAUUCACCAGAUAGUCCGGGUGCGGUGGCUCACACCUGUAAUCCCAGCACUUUGGGAGGCCAAGGCAGGUGGAUCAUGAGGUCAGGAGUUCGAGACCAGUCUGGCCAAUAUGGUGAAACCCUGUCUCUACUAAAAAUACAAAAAAUUAGCUGGGCCUGGUGAUGGGCGCCUGUAGUCCCAGCUACUCAGGAGGCUGAGGCAGGAGAAUCGCUUGAACCCGAGAGGCAGAGGUUGCAGUGAGCUGAGAUGGUGCCACUGCACUCCAGCCUGGGUGACAGAGUGAGACUCCAACUCAAAAAAAAAAAAAGAAAUUCACCAGAUAAACAAACUGAAAAAAAAAAAAAAAAUCUCAGUGGUUGCAGAAAACGCAUUUAAAAUCCA